GGACACUAGAAAGAAAGAGGAAGUGUAGCGCCGAAGAAGUUUGGAUUACGGACGUGUGCGGAUCCAGGACUUCAGUCAGGAGGGAACGGGACAGAUGUUCGGAGAGUCUGCGAGUCAACUUUACUUCCUCUUCAAAAGGGACUAUUAGUUCCAACACUUUUUCCAUUGCAACACAUCGGAAGGAUUUGUUUCCCCAAAUCUUUGUAAUGCACAUCGCGAUUCUGUGAUUUGCUUCAUUCAUUUGUCUGCGGAAAGUUUGUGAAAGUGCAGAGUUGUUUGAAAGUUCCUUGAAAGGUCCUGCUCCAUCUGACCUGUUAUGAAUGAAGAGAUCGUUUAUAGUUUUCAUCAGACUGUCGGAUUGUUUAUAUCGAGCUUUCACUCUCGCAUGUCAGAUUGACCCGGUCAGCGAUCACCGGUGAUUGUGGGUCACUGCGAAAUCAAAGCGACUCGACCGAAAGUGAAAGUGAUCCGUCAUUCUUCCCAAUGCUUGACGCCAGUCGCUUCAUUUAGUUUAGGGGUUUAAUCUUUGAAUCUUCAUCAUGCCUGUGAGACAGAAAGAUGCUCAGCGGGCACUGCAGCUUUUGGAGGAAUACCAAACUAAACUCAGUCAGACUGGAGAUCCUCAUCUCAGACUGUCAAUCGAGAGGGUCAUAAACAUAUUUAAGAGUACACUUUUCCAGGCUCUUGUAGACAUCCAGGAAUAUUAUGAAGUGAGCCUUCAGGAUACUGAGGAUAAACCCAUAGAGGAUUCAAGCCUUAAAAGCAGAGAGUCAUUUCCUCCUGUUAAUGAAUGGAAUCUCAGUGUCCCUCCCAGCACUACUGGACCAACAGAACCGGUGCCCAUCAAUCUUCCUCAAACAGAAGAGAAAUAUAGAUACCAGGAUGAGGACACUACGUCACCUCCCGAACACAGCUCUCCACACAUCCCAGGAGAUGCACGUCCUCCUGAGUUGGUGCAGGUGUCGGAGAAGAACAUCUCCCAGAUUGAGAAUGUACACGGCUAUGUUUCCCAUUCACACAUUUCUCCAAUGAAGGUAGAGUCUCUGGAGUGUGUUUUUGACGGCCCGUCGACAUUAGGAGGUGAGGAGGUUCCAGCCCCCGCCUUUGCCACACUUUACUCGCAAAGUGACAUACUGAUUCAGGCAAGUCCAGCACCGGUGGUGGUGAACACAGAAAGCCUUGACUCCUCACCAUAUGUGAAUGGAACAGAAGCUGAUUACGAAUAUGAAGAAAUCACACUUGAACGGGGUAACUCGGGCCUGGGUUUCAGUAUUGCAGGCGGUACCGAUAACCCCCACAUCGGCGAGGACCCAAGCAUCUUUAUCACCAAGAUCAUCCCAGGAGGAGCAGCCGCACAGGACGGCAGACUCAGAGUGAAUGACUGUAUACUGCGGGUGAAUGAUGUAGAUGUGAGAGACGUAACUCACAGUAAUGCCGUGGAGGCGCUGAAGGAGGCAGGCUGCAUUGUCAGACUGUACGUCAGAAGAAGAAAACCCCUCUCAGAAAAAAUCAUGGAUGUAAAGCUGGUAAAAGGUCCUAAAGGUCUAGGUUUCAGUAUAGCAGGAGGUGUUGGGAACCAACAUAUUCCUGGGGACAACAGUAUUUAUAUCACCAAAAUCAUUGAAGGAGGAGCUGCCCAUAAAGAUGGAAGGCUACAGAUUGGGGAUAAACUGUUGGCUGUGAAUGCUGUUUGCCUUGAAGAGGUCACUCAUGAAGAUGCCGUGGCUGCCUUGAAAAACACCCCUGAUGUUGUCUAUUUAAAAGUGGCGAAACCCACUAGUGUCUUUAUGAAUGAUAGUUACGCUCCUCCCGAUGUCACCAGCUCCUACUCCCAGCACAUGGAGAACCAUAUCAGCACCCAAAGCUAUCUGAGUCAACCAUUAACCCCUGCCACCCCAUCUCGGUACUCUCCUGUCUCAAAAGGCAUGCUGGGAGAUGAUGAGAUCACAAGGGAGCCUAGGAAAAUUGUCCUGCAUCGGGGAACCACGGGACUAGGCUUCAACAUUGUAGGAGGAGAGGACGGAGAGGGAAUCUUCAUCUCCUUCAUUUUAGCAGGAGGGCCUGCAGACCUGUGUGGAGAACUGAGGAAAGGAGACCGUAUCGUCUCUGUAAAUGGAGUGGACCUCCGCAGUGCGACGCAUGAGCAGGCGGCCGCAGCACUGAAGAACGCUGGACAGACGGUCACUAUCAUUGCUCAAUACAGACCUGAAGAGUACAGUCGAUUUGAAGCCAAAAUCCAUGAUCUACGGGAGCAGAUGAUGAACAGCAGUAUUAGUUCAGGCUCCGGCUCAUUGCGGACGAGUCAGAAAAGGACGCUGUAUGUCAGAGCCCUGUUUGAUUAUGACAUAACAAAAGACUCCGGCCUGCCCAGUCAGGGGCUGAACUUCCGCUUUGGCGAUAUCCUGCACGUCCUCAAUGCCUCAGACGAGGAGUGGUGGCAAGCACGACAUGUGACCACAGAUGGCGAGAUGGAGGAGAUGGGCGUCAUUCCCAGCAAGAAGAGGGUGGAAAGAAAAGAAAGAGCCCGGUUAAAGACGGUCAAAUUCAACUCUAAAUCUCGAGACAAAGCGCAGUCACUCAAUGACAAGCGUAGAAAGACCCUGUUUUCGCGAAAAUUCCUUUUCUCCAAGAACAAGGACACCGGUGAGCAGGAGACGAGCGAUGUGGACCAGCAUGUAACGUCUAAUGCCAGCGAUAGUGAAAGUAGUUUCCGUGGACAGGAAGAUUAUGUUCUUUCCUAUGAGACGGUCACACAACAGGAAGUGAGUUACAGUCGUCCAGUCAUCAUCCUUGGACCCAUGAAAGACAGAAUCAACGAUGAUCUCAUCUCCGAGUUUCCAGACAAAUUUGGAUCAUGUGUUCCCCACACAACUAGACCAAAGCGAGACUACGAGGUCGAUGGCAGAGACUACCAUUUUGUGAAUUCACGGGAGCAGAUGGAAAAAGACAUUCAGGAUCACAAGUUCAUCGAGGCCGGACAGUACAACAACCACCUGUACGGGACGAGUGUGCAGUCUGUGCGAGAGGUUGCAGAAAAGGGCAAGCACUGCAUUCUGGACGUCUCCGGCAAUGCCAUUAAACGGCUUCAGUUGGCACAGCUUUACCCCAUAGCUGUGUUCAUCAAACCAAAAUCAGUGGAGAAUAUUUUAGAGAUGAAUAAGAGGUUGAUGGAGGAGCAGGGAAGGAAGACUUAUGACAGAGCUAUGAAACUGGAGCAGGAGUUCCUUGAGCACUUCACCGCCAUUGUUCAAGGGGACACAUUGGAGGAGAUCUACAACCAGGUGAAGCAGAUCAUCGAGGAGCAGUCUGGACCCUUCAUCUGGGUUCCCGUCAAAGAGAAAUUGUGAGGGGGCCGAAGACAAAUAAACCUUACACUUCUUUUAACUUUUUGUAUUUUUUUUUUAAUCUUUCUGUUUCCUUUUUUUAAUAUUAACAUGGCCUGCAGCUUGCAUUGGCUUUCCAACUCCUGAGCAUAAGAAAUGCGUUUUCUUUGAAUGGGUUUGGGGUUUUUCCUCUUUCUCUCAUGCCUCUCUUUGAAACUACUGUCUAGAACUCGCAUCCCAAUCUCCGCAUGUGGUCCUCCACUGGGAGGAGACGUGCUUGACCAGCGACUUACUGGACAGAUUAUACGGUACAGAUUCCUUAAUGUUUAAGGGAGGUGACUUUCUCGAAGGAAAACCAAUAAGUUAAUGCAUUAUACACAUUUUGGUUUGUUCUUCAUUUUUUACCCCCCCAGUAUAUGAUCAGAAGCUUUCAUGUCUGUCUCUGGAAAGACAUAAAGCAAAACUUUGCACGUUUUUUUGCAUGUUUGGAUUAUUCUGUUUCAGUUAACAUAUUGUUCUUACGUUUUUAUGUCAGACAGAUUUAAACCAUGUGACUUUCAGCCACCAUAUGACUUUAGUUUUCUUCUAAAAUCAAGCAACCCGUUCACUUUAUGCAGCUGAUCUGUUUUUGUCGCCAGUACACAAAGAGGAUGAUAAAAAAUUUAAUAUUUGGCACAAAAGUUCUUCUUUUUAUAUUAAAUGUCUAUUUGUCUUAACGAUCUGUGUACAUUUUAAUUAAGGUGCAUCUGGGAGUAGCUUUUAGCAGAGGAACGGCUUAUGAUUAUAUUUCAAAUCCAGGUGACGACAUAUUCUUACUUCAAAAAACAGCAAUGCAAAUAAGAGAGUAUAAAUUGUAAUGUAUAUUCAACCCUCAGUAUACUGCCUAUUUUGUUAUAAUGAAAGUCUAUAUUGAGCUUUAAUUGAACUCUACACCUAUGGGAAUUAUUUUCUUUAUAAUGUCAAGCAUACACUCGAAUGACUAUGCGUGUAUGUAUAUAAAAUAAAUAUAAAUAGAUAUAUAUAUUUUUUUCCUUUACUUUUACCACCAUCACUUUUGUUGUUUCUGGUUUGUCUUUAUGCAAAAACACUGACACACACACGCACACUAGGCUGGAUGGUGGAUUUCCAUUUGCAUCUGCUCCAACAAUAUGAAAACAAAACUCAAGUUGGCAGUUUGUAGUAUUCAGCUCUCUCUUUGUCUCUCUCUCCUGUGUAAUUCUGUCAUAUUUUCUUUCUCAUGUGACGUGCAUGAUUUCUUAAAGCAAUAGUCUUCAUCAGCAAGGAGCGGAGGAGAGGGAUUUGGCAUGAACUGUAAACCUGAAAGGCUGUAUGGGAAUUGUUGAAUGCCCGUAGCUGAAGAGAGAUUUGCUUUGCCUUUAACUGUCCACCAGGGGGUGCUGACGGCAUCCCCGCUAUUUUUUUUUCUUUCGUUUUUUAACUCGGAGAUGAUUGUUUUCUAAAAGAUUGCUUCUCUAACUUGUCAUCAUGGCUUUCUAACACAUUUUGACUAGAUAAUGUACAUAAUCUGCCAACUUGAUUCAUUCCAUUUGUCAAAGAGGAGAACAGCUAAUAAAAACUUUUUUUCUCAUA